GAACGCGAGUGCGCGUGCGCGUGCGCGAGCGGCGGGGCUUUCUCCGGAGCCGUCGGAGGGAGCUGGAGCGCUUCUCCCGAGGCAGUUGGUGAUCAGUCGGUCAGAGCCCAGCAUGCAGAAGUGAGUGGUGAAAAGCAGCAGAGCUGAUGGGUCAUGAGGAUGUAAGUGUGUUGGAAGGCUCUCACACCCCCUACUCCAGGACAGAAUCAUGAAUAAACUGGAGGACAAGAAGGACCAGAUGAUACCAUGAAGAGAAGUUUACAGGCCCUCUAUUGCCAACUGUUAAGCUUCCUCCUGACCUUGGCCCUGACUGAAGCACCGGUAUUUGCUGCCCAGGAACCAUCUCCCAGGGAGUCUCUUCAGGUCCUGCCUUCAGGCACCAUGGUGACAGCACCGCUCAGCUCUGCCAGACACUCCUCCCAGACGGCUGCCCCCAUCUCCGUGGUGACGCCAAGCCCCCAUCCUAACGGGUCCUUCUCACGGGCUGAGGCCCCCGUGGCAACAACACCACCCUAUCCAGAUGGACACCCUCCUGCAAACACCUUCUCCACCACUUUGGCGACAGCAGCCACCCGUCAUGCUGAAGGCCCCCCCACCACAGGGCCCCUUCCUCCUGCCAUGGCAACCACAUCCUCCCACUCAGAGCGCCACCCCCUGGGGGAGGCUGGGCCCACCAUCCUGCUGACAAAGCCGACUGGAGCCACCACCCGCCCCGCCACUGCGCCCCCCCAGGCCAGCACCCGCAGGCCCCCCAGGCCCCCAGGCUCUUCCCGAAAGGGGGCUGGUAGUUCUUCACGCUCUGUCCUGCCUGCGCUCGGUGGCCACUCCGGAAGAAAGGAGGGCCAGCAGGGAAGAAACCAGAGCUCCACAUAUCUGGGGCAGAAGCCGUCCCUGGGGAAAAUCUUUCACUUCUACAAAGGCAACUUCACAGGCUCGGUGGAGCCCGAGCCCCCCAGCCUCACCCCCCAGAGCCUGCUCUGGGACUUCUCCUCCUCGCCACAGACCCAGGCAGCGACCACAACCAGGGCGCCCGGCAGGACCUUAUGGGCGCCAAGCACCGCCCCCUCGGUGCGCACGGAAGACAAGCCCGGCCUUAGCAGAGCUGACCAGGGGGGUGGCCCCACCUUCACCAGCCAAGGGGGGGCACCAGGGGCCACAGCAGCCUCAGGUGCCCCUGCCAGUCCGCAACCCACCCCAGUGCCUUCUCAGCGCCCCCGUGCUGACCCACGCGGCGGCACCGGCCACAGUGACUCCUGGCUGGCUGUCACCCCUGGAACCAACAGACCUCUGUCUGCCAGCUCUGGGGCCUUCAUGGCCGCCACGGGGUCCACCCAGGCUGCCUUCGAUGCCAGUGUCUCAGCCCCUUCCGAGGGCAUUCCUCAGGGAGCAUCCUCCACAACACCCUCAGCCCCGCGGGCCCCGGCCCGCCCCCCCGGGGUCUCAGAAAGCACUGUUUCCCCAACUGAGGAGGAGGCCGUGGCCACCCCCACCGUGACCAACAGGGUACCCAGUCCUCUCUCCACAGUCAUGUCCACGGCCACAGGGAACUUCCUCAACCGCCUGGUCCCUGCAGGCACCUGGAAGCCUGGAACAGCAGGGAACAUCUCCCACGUGGCCGAAGAGAACAAACCCCAGCACAGAGCCACCAUCUGCCUGAGCAAGAUGGACAUCGCCUGGGUGAUCCUGGCCAUCAGCGUGCCCAUCUCCUCCUGCUCCGUCUUGCUGACAGUGUGCUGCCUGAGGAGGAAGAAGAAGACGGCCAACCCGGAGAACAACCUGAGCUACUGGAACAACGCCAUUACCAUGGACUACUUCAACAAGCACGCGGUGGAGCUACCUAGGGAGAUCCAGUCCCUCGAAACCUCGGAGGACCAGCUCUCGGAGCCCCGCUCCCCGGCCAACGGCGACUACAGGGACACGGGCAUGGUCCUCGUGAACCCCUUCUGCCAGGAGACCCUGUUUGUGGGGAGCGACCAGGUGUCCGAGAUCUGACUGCAGCAGCCCUCGCUUUGCCGCCCCCUACCUUUUGUCUCUGAAUCAUAAACAUACAAAUAUAUAUUAUGAAUAUAAUCUUUGUGUAACCCUGACUUAAUGAGAAACACAUCAGCUUUUUUUUCCCCCUAAGAAUUGUCAACAUCUUUUUUAUAAGUGUGGUUUAAAAAAAAAAAACACUUUACAGAACGGUCCGUGGCUUUAUAAAAUAAAGGUGUUUCUAAGCAAAGCAGUUUGCAUUGGUUGUUCUCUUAAUAACUGUCCUUGAGCACUUGGGGGUCCCGGCAGCCCCCGGCAGGUGAGGGGGUGUCACAUGCAUGGCCCUUGAGUGAUUCUUGAAGCUCAGGUUCCUCUUGAUUUUGUGUGACCCCUGCCCCCACUCCCCACGCACACCGGUGAAAGGCCACCGGGGGCAGGAGGACGGCAGAUCUCCACACUAACGCAGGAAAGGGGACAGGUCAACCCCCAGCGAGGAGCCCCCUAGGGCCUCACACCGGCACCAUGACUGUCCAGGGUGAUUCCGUCCGGGCAGCCGGGCAGGACCAGCAGCCCUCUGGAAUCCGUGAAGGUCAUCCGCGUCCUGAGGCCACGUCCCCUGACGUCACGCAGCAGGGACCUUGGCUGUGCUGACCACGGGACUGCCUUCCCCCGGUGAGGAAAGGCCCCGCUGCAAGCCCACGCGCGUGCUCUGCAUCACCCGAGUCUGCACCCAACACCCGUGCCUUCCUCCGGAGAGGGUCCCACGCGGCCCCACUGCAGGCUUGAGGAUGCUCGCCCUCCUCAAGGACCACGUGCUUACGGGAGUCCAGCUUCGCUUCCUCGAAAAGCCAUCGGACUGUGUCCCUGAGGAACGUGUCGUGUAAGAAGCCUCCGAGUGUGGAGCUGCCGUUUUCUAAGUCGUCCUCUCUCGACCCCAUAGAAAUGGGAUUGCCCAAGCAGCCACUCAGGAGAAGACUCGGGACGUCCUCUCCAGCACUGCAGACCCGCGUGGGGGUCAGCAAAUGGACUCGCCACCCAGCUCUCAUUCCCGGUGCCCCUUCACGGCGCCCGCCACCCAGGCUGCAACCCGCUGGGCUAGCAGGGGGUCAGACCCUCGGAGACAAGAGGGGCCCCCAGAGAUGGCCGCUUCUCUGUUUGCUCCCCCGUAGGUAGUGGCCGGGACAGAGAUACUGCUUUAACACUUCCUUUCUCUGAAAUAAAAAUAGUUUGAUAGUAUAUAUUUUGAAUAUAGAUGUUCUUAUAGUCAAACUGGGAAUUGAACUUGAAUGUUGAUUCAUAUGUUUAUGUUGUUGCUGUGGUCUUUUUACCAUAACUUCUUUCUUCCCACAUUUCCCUUUAAAAAAAAAAGAUGGCCUUCCAAAACGUGUGUUCUCAGUGUUGUACAAACGUUCGUAACAGGAGUUCGCUGGUUGUCUCUCUCUAAACUCUGCCGACCACAGAGAAGCAGGUCCCGUGUUGCUCUGAGAUUCACUUUCCAGUGUCUGGUUUUCCUCUUCAUCGUAACCCUCCCGUUAGCCGUGGCAUUUACCAUGUCGACGUGUGUGUGUGUGUGUACGGGGAGAAAUCUGUUUGUAAACUAAGAUUUAUAUAUAAUAUAUGUAACAAAGGUACAUAUGUUAUAUAUACCUACGUGGAUGUAUGACUUAUUUUUCCUUAUCGACAG